AUCUUUGCAAAUACACAUGACUGUAUGUCCUUGGCUACUUUUUUUUAAAGUGCGCAUUCGCUUUGUUUAUUGUGUCAGGCCUUCUUGACACUUGAUCUUAUCAGUGACACUCACUGAGUGCUCUAUAAAAGAUUUAAACAUUAGUUGUCUUUGAUGACGGCUUGUUUUUUGUCUUUUUCACUGCAGUUCGUGACAUCAGGCAUUUGAAUUCUCAACAAGUAGAGACUUGAAAGCUCCAGCAGAGGAGGUGCUUUGCAUUAAAGUCUGAGCAGCUUUAAAAUGCUCUGCUUUGGUAAAAUGGACAUUCAAAAGUGUGUCGUCUACUUACAUUAGAAAUCAUUUUGGACCAGGAAUCAAAAUAUGGAUAAUACGAACAACGGAACAGUGGAAAAUUGUCAGGUCCACAUUGACCAAAACCGAGCGCUGUAUAUUUUCUACUCUUCUGUGGUAGUGGUGGAGUUUAUCUUGGGACUCCUACUGAACAUUACAGUCAUCCAUCUCUUCGUCUUCAAGCUCAAGUUCUGGAAGUCUAAAACCAUUGACAUUUUCCUGUUCAACCUGGUCCUGGCUGACAUUUUGCUGCUGAUUGGAUUGCCUAUGAAGGCAUAUAACUUUCAUCAAUGCAGUGAACAGAUGGUGGUAUGCAAAGUACAGCUCUUUCUGCAGUUUCUCAACCGAGGAGCCAGCAUCGCCUUCUUGACGGUCAUCUUUAUUUAUCGCUAUUUUAGCGUAGUCCAACCGGUGAAGAGGAAAGACCUGAGGAUUUUGAAAAAAUCGCCCCAGAUUUCUGUAUUCAUCUGGGUGCUGUUGGGAAUUUUGACCAUUCCAGCCAUGUUGCAAAGUUUUAUCCGAUGCAACAGCAGCGAAAAAGAUGAGGAACUAAGCCCCAUUGUUCUACUGAGGGAAAUUGUGUUUUUUACUCAGAUUUUCAUCCCCUUUUUUGUUCUUGUGUACUGCUCGAUACUGAUUAUCAGAAGACUCAAACAGAAGUCGGUGGGCGACAAGACUAAACUCCGGAAAGUGUUCCUUGUCACUGCGAUGGUUCUCGUCUUUGCUAUCUGCUUCUUGCCGUAUGCCAUUACAAGAGCGGUGCAGUUAAAAAUCAAUGGGCCCGUGAUGGCAGAGGAAAAAGAUACUGUCGUUAAACUGUACGAUGGGCUUGUUUGUCUCUCUUAUCUGAAUUGUCUGCUGGAUCCGAUCCUGUACUGCCUGAGCAGCAGUAAAUUUAAGAAGUUAUACAUAUCAAUGUAUCUCCCCUUCUUGCUGGAGAAUCAACAACCGGAAAGUUCAGAAGACACUGCAGAUGACUGAACUAAGUAAAAAAGAACAUGCUUUGAAAAGGAUGUUGGGAGAAUUGCUUGCAAUUUGCUUUUUUAAGUCAUUUUGAAUAGUAAAUGGGUAGUUGACACAGUAUUGUGUCAAAGAUUUUUAUUUUUUUUUUUUUUUAAAAUGUUUUUUUUUUAUCAAAGUCUGGAUUUUAGAUUUUAGGAAUUACAUUUUUUUUUUUAAUUUUACAAUUUAUAGGAAUGUAUAUAGUCAAACCAAAAAUUAUUCAGACACCUGAAGGAUCAGAAAAUCCUCAAAUGCAAACUGUGUGUGUUUUGCCUCAGAGCAACCAUACAUUUGUGUUGUGUCUUGCUUUCUUUUUAUAUAUUCUUCAUUUAUUCUUCAUUCAUUUAUUCAUUUAUAAUCAUUAAUCAUUUCAUCAUUUUAUUAUUCCAUUUCAUCAUAUAAUCAUUUAUAAUAGUCAUUUAUAUAUUCAAUUUAUUGAUUCAUUAAUUGAUUAGUCAUUUAUAUUAUAUUAUAGUUGUUUUUUAUAUAGUUUUUCCAUUGUUGUUUAGUCUUAUGACUGUGUAGCUUCAAAUGCUGUUUGGUACUGGAUAAUGAUACUGGACAAACUGAUAUUUUCUGACGGGAUCUGGCAUCCAGGGCUGGAUUUUAAUAGUCUAGGCAUGGAGACAGCGUUCUAAUAACCAGAUAUAAUUCUUGAUAUUUUUUUUUACUAGUGGGUGCAGGACACUAUAUGUUCAUUUAUGUAGGUGAGGAUAGCAAAAUGAAGUUAACUGUGACAUAAUAUAACCAAAAAUUAUUCAUACAGUGAACUACCAGUAAAAUUGAAAAAAAAAAAAAAUUGGAACCAAAAAUUUGAUUUGACACUUUGACCUGACCAUACCUUUCUAUAAAAGUUUACAGUUUAAAGUUUUCACAGUUUAACUCUAAAUUCUUGUCAUAUUUUAUUACCAUUUUCUAAACUACAGCAAAUACACUGUGAUAAUGUCAGAAAUGUUGAAGGUGUCUGAAUACAUUUUGGUUUUACUGUAAAUUGCAGAAACAUAUAUAUAUUAGGCACUGUGACCAUUUUAAAUCACAUUUGUUUUCUGCCUUCAGUAGUUUUUUUUAAAUUGCCCUGCAGUGUGACAGAUGUACAAAUAGUCUGUGUAGUCAUUAUAAAAUUCAGUGCAUUACCUAUAUUAUUUUAGUACUUAACAAUAAAUGAUAUGAGGUCAUGAAAGCUGAAUGCAUGCACAAUAAUGACAAAAAUAUUAGCCAUAUGCCUUUAAAAAUAUUUUUAGAUGAAGUAGCAUGUCAAUUUAUUUUUUAAUUCACCUUCUGUUUAUGUGUCUUGCUUAUGUUGAUUUAUGAUUUGUUGUCUGGAAACUGGAAACUUACGAUUUAUGGAACUUCUCUGUCAGGCACAGAGAAUGAACUGUGCAAGAUUUAAUUUUUUAAUUGCAUUUCAUUUUUUUUUUGCAUGUGUAGUUAUGAUUUGACUACUGAUAUGUAUAGAACAUGGUAUCUCAAAUUGAAUUUUAUUUCCGCACUAUUGUAAAUGUACAUUUGUCUAAAGACCAUAAAGAUAAAGGACUUUUUGAUUCUUACCAUUGGUG